UGUCCAUUUGGGUCUGCCAGUCUUUCAAGAAUCCUGCAUUCACCAAUUAGGAGUGAACACAAUCCGACCGCUAGUGCUAGAAAUAUCGGCCCUUUCGAUGUUUCCUUCUCAAGUCCGCCCACUAAAAAUAGCCAGUCUGAGUUUUUAUAUCCAAUAUCAUCAGAGAUCAGCACUCCUGACUCGGGACAUCAUCAAUUGCAGAUCAGCCCAAAUAGAUUUCAAAGGAAUUUUAUUUUACAUGAAGGAACGCUGUCUCCAUCUGCAUUUCAGCUACCCAAAUUAUUUGAAUCGGUCUCAGAUUGUCGCCAUGAUGGUCCAGAACGUCUUUCAAUAAGUUCUGGGAAUCCGGAGAGAGUAGCUCCGAAAAGCCAAGAACUACACACCAAUACCCACUACACUAAACUAAACUUAAAGAUGAUUGAUACAAAGGCGAGUAAUCUAGCGUUUGCCGCUAUCAUUCUUGAAAAAUUUUGUCAAGAGCUAGCAGCACUUUGCUUGGAACACAGUCUUCUAGUUGGAAGUUUGCAUGGUUCCCCUUGA